AUGUUGGCCAACGUCGUUUCUAUCAUCACCAACCUCGCAGCUCGAACACUGGUUGCCUUCCUACGCUUCAUCGCCAACGCCAUCUUCGAGCAACUUGUCUGUGCUCUUGCUUGCUCCACAUACACCUGAGCCCCCGGAUGCCUGUUGCCCACCACCCAAGCCACUAGAGCCUAAUGCCCUGGUGCCCUUGGUGCCUACGCCUUGCAGCCCAGCACCCCAGCAUUUGCAUCUUUUUACCUGGCACCAAUCGCCCAAAUCAUGCUCGAUGCCCAGUGCCCAUCACCUAUUGCCCGGUGACUAG